AUGGGAAGUCUACUUCUCGUUCUCUUCGUCAUGGGAGUCGCUCUACCAAGAGUCGACUCCUCAUCAAUGCCGGAGGCUGAAUCAGUGCCGAAACCUGAAGUUAUCGGAGUGGGAUAUCGGACAGUAAACGUUACGUUAACAACAAACAUUGACUACAAACUCUGCCAAGAUGGCUCCUCUUGCAAAGAAUUCUUCACCUUCCAGCGGAUUUUGAUCUACUCAGAACCUAUCGGAGACAUAGAUUUUAAUAGUGUAACCACAGGCAAAACUGCGAACGACAGCCUGGUUUAUAUGUUCCCAGUUCAGAACGCUGACUGUGAAGCGGUGAGAAUGUGGAUGAAUCAAAUCGUCCUCAGCACGUCAGUCUUCGUUUCCGCCAAUGUGCAAUGCUCGCUUAAUCCACUGCCGACAUUGAUGUCUUCUUUGCCAGUGGACAAGCCUACAGUUCAUGGAAGAGGGUUUCGGACAGCAAGCGUUGCGUUAACAACAGAAACGGAAUAUAAAGUCUGCGAACAAAAUCGCUCUUCAUGCGAGUUGUUCUUCAUCAAGUCGAAGAUUUGGGAAUAUUCAAAAGCUAUCGGAGACGUAGGAAACAUCGGCGAAUUUCUCAUAAGCAAAACUACGGACAAUGUCUUGGCUUAUCUCUUCUCAAUUUUUAAUACUGACUGUAAAGCGGAACGGCACUCAUUUACGGUUAUGUUAUAUACAAACAUUGGAUACGAAGCCUGCAAACGCGAUACUUCGGCGUGCAUGCGCUUUUUCAACGACACAAAGAUUCCGGAAUAUUUAAAACCUUUGGUAGAUUUUCCGCGUCAAUAUACGUACCCACAAGCAAGUGCGGAAGAUGACUUGGUCUAUUCGCUCAAUUUUGUUAACGCUGACUGUAAAACGAUGAAACUCUGGAUGAACCAAAUCGUCCCCAGCUCGCCAGUCUACAAAUCUGCCGAUGUGCGGUGCUUUGGACCGUUUCCGCCACAGCCACCGAGUCUAGAAAUCAAACCAGUGCCAAAACCUGCCGAAGAGCUUAUUGGGAAAGGAAGCGAUUUAGUGUUGGUUGAAAUACAUACCACCGUUUGGUACACUGUGGGUAGCUCUUACCCUGACUAUCACAUUGACGAGUACUUUAGUUACUUCGACCUAACAAAAAUUAAAGAAUACACGCAACUGCUCGGAGAACUUGGGAUUUUGGAGCUAAUAUCCAGCGACAAUUAUUUGGUCUACCGUCUCGAAAUUAGAAAGACUGUCUGUGAAAAGGUAGCGCUCUGGUUGAAAGAAAUCGUGAACAGCUCCAGCUUCUACAAACGCAUAAACACUUCUGGUGAAAAUGGAUUGGACUGCACCUACUUGAUAACAGAUAAUGCGUGCCGACUGGAAUAA